AUGGAGCUGAUCCUGAGUCUCGAGCUCGGCGAGGAGAAACAUCGCUCUUUUGCGCGGCCAAAGGAGGCCAUCAGAGAAUGGUCGAGUACUUGCUCGGGAAGGGAGUGGAUCCAAAUCCCAGAAACAACGACAGUCAAAGCCCAUUAUCUGCGGCUGCAGCACAGGAUCGACCAGCAUGUGUUGUGCUGCUUCUUGCAGCAUAUUGAUAUAGAAAAUGAGAUCGCAGCAGGUAGUCCGGAAGCAUACACCGUACUCACGACAGCAGCAGCAUUUGGCCACGAGUCGGUGGUCAAGCAGCUGCCUGAAAAGGGUGUUGACCCUGAUUCUAGAGGUGGUACGCGGAGUGAAUGGUUUGUUGGAGGACGCAUUGCCCUAUCAUCGGCAGCAGAGAAGGGCUAUUAUGGGAAUGCUCACAUCUUACUAGACUAUGGAGCUGUCGACCUUUGCCCCGAAGACGAUGACGACUUACCCCCGCAUAUAUCGGCAGCAGGCAAUGAUCACAGAGAAAUAGUUGCGCUGCUGCUUGAUACAGGAGUUAACGUCAAUAGGACUCACACUUCAAGUGGGCACACAGCGCUGUCUAAAGCUGCCGACGAAUAUGCAGAUAGUGUUGUUCAGCUACUGCUGGAGAGAGGAGCAGAUCCAAAUCAUCAGAUAUACGACGGACGGACGCCUCUAGCUUUGGCAGUAAUAGGUGGUAAUGUAUCAUUAGUCAAAAUGCUGCUUGAUACGGGUGCAGAUCCUGGCUCCGAAAUCAACUGGAGGCAAUAUGGAGAAGAUGAAACCUGGACGCCUUUACAAUUUGUUGCAAUAUCUUCUAGAAACGAAGCCGGGGCGAUCGUCAAGUUGUUAUUCGAGUACAGUGCAAAAUGUCGAGACAUUGACAACAUUUCCAAUCAUGAAGUGCUGUUUGCAGCUGCAAAAAAUGUCAGGGCCGGAGUUGUCAGGGCCUUCUUGGAACAAGGCUUUUGUUCUCGGACCGAGGACGAUGCACACAAUCGCCACCGUCUAUUGUCAAGUGCACUGGAAUCCAGUGGCUCCAGAGAAAUAAUAUGCUUACUCCUGGAAGAAUACGGUUUCGAUGUACAUUUUCAAGAUGAUGAGGGUCGAACGGCAUUAUGUUGGGCAGCGAUGGUGGGCAACGGAUUUGAGGUCAGAUUGCUCCUUACGAAAGGUGCAGAUCCCCUUCAUGAGGAUAAGGAGGGUCACAAUGCACUAUUCUACGCUAUUCAAUCAGCCAACAAACAAGCAACUCAACUUCUUGUUGAAUACAUUGAUGUUAGGAUUCUCAAGAAGGAUUAUCUUGACAACCCGCAAGUCACAACAAUGCUCCAAGAGUAUCCAGAUAUUCAGAAGAUACUACAAUCUCAUUACUGGCGGGAGGUUUACCCUGUGCCUCGAUUUAGCAAUUCCAUAUAUCUUGGCGAUGUGCUGUCAAGGCUACCUUGA